ACGCCCCCGUGCGCUCGUCUGGGUGACGCCUUUAACGUGACGUCACACCCCGCAGCAGGGAGAAGCGAUUUCUGGGGGGCAACCGUGCGGUGACGUCACCUGACGGACCACGCCCACGCUGAGGGAGCCACACUGCUGGGGUCACCGGGACACGCCCCCGUGUGACGUCGCUCAUGGCCACGCCCCAGACUAACACAUCUGACCACGCCUAUUUGUGACAUCAUACGGCAAACCACGCCCCGACCGGAAUUUGCACGUGGCCACGCCCCCCCAGGACCCGGGGUGGCACCAGGAGCCCCGGGGGUGGCACCAGGACCGGGGGUGGCACCAGGAGCUCUGAGGGUGGCACUAGGACCUCUGGGGGUGGCACCAGGAGCCCCGAGGGUGGCACUAGGACCCGGGGUGGCACCAGGAGCCCCGGGGUGGCACCAGGACCCGGGAGAAGGGAGGUCACGCAGCUCAGUGGCGGCUGCCAUCGCCAGGCGCCGGAACUACAUUACCCAUCACCCCCCUCGCGCCACCAGCUGACAGACAGCUCGUUUGACCAAUCACCAUCGACAUUUCCGCCUGUGGGCGGGAGCAGCGGUGCGAGCCAGCCAAUGGGCGCGCGGGGCGGGCCGCGGCGCGGCGGGGGAAGAUGGCGGCGGCGGGCCGGUGGCGGGCCGGGCUGGCCGUGCUGGCCGUGGUGCUGGGGCUCGGCGGGGCGGCGGCCGAGCAGACCGAGGAGCACCUCAAACGGGAGCACUCGCUGUCCAAACCGUACCAGGGUGUGGGCUCGGCCAGCUCGGGGCUGUGGGACCUGCUGGGCAACGCCAUGGUCAUGACGCAGUUCAUCCGCCUCACCCCCGACGUGCAGAGCAAGCAGGGAGCCGUGUGGAACCGGGUGCCCUGUUACCUGCGGGACUGGGAGAUGCAGGUGCACUUCAAGAUCCACGGGCAAGGCAAGAAGAACCUCAACGGAGACGGUUUCGCCAUCUGGUACACCAAGGACAGGAUGCAGCCGGGACCUGUUUUUGGGAGCAAGGACAACUUCCUGGGGCUGGGAGUGUUCGUGGACACGUAUCCCAACGAGGAGAAGCAGCAGGAGGCUCAGAAGAGGAGGUACAGCCCUGGAAACCAGGUGCUGAUCGACAUCGACGGCAAGCACGAGUGGCGGGAUUGCAUCGACGUGCCCGGCGUGCGGUUGCCCCGUGGCUACUACUUCGGGACGUCCUCGGUCACCGGGGACCUGUCAGACAACCACGACAUCAUCUCGCUGAAGCUGUACCAGCUGACGGUGGAGCGGACGCCGGAGGAGGAAAAACGGGAUCGGGAAGUUUUCCUGCCCGUGGUGGACAACCUCAGGCUGCCAGGAAUGGAGGCGCCGCUGGAGCCCAUGAGCGGCCUGGCCCUGUUCCUCAUCGUCUUCUUCUCACUGGUGGCCCUCGUCUUCGCCAUCGUCAUCGGCAUCAUCCUCUACAACAAGUGGCAGGAGCAGAGCCGCAAGCACUUCUACUGAGCCCAAACCCCCGGGCUGGCCCAUCCCGGGCUAGUGGUGGCCACAUCCCCAUUGCCACCUGUGCCAGGGUGCCAGGGACCCCCCAAAGGACGGU